CUUUUCUGACCUUCAAUGGGAACAUGAGGAGAAGAAUAUAUUUCUCUCUCUAAAACCUCUCUUUAAAAUCUCUCAACAACUUCUCUCAAGCAUCUCCAUCACCUUCGUCAGCUAUCGAUCGAUCCACCAUUGGGAUUCUCAGUCUUAAUCCUUGUUUGAAACCUUGAGCAUUUGCCAUGCUUUGGAAAAGAAGAAGACUGUUAACACUUGUUUUCACAUUCUUCAUCUACAAAACAGCUACAUCCCAAAUUCCAAUCGGUUCAAGGCUUUCAAUUGCAGAAAACAACUAUUGGAUCUCCCCGAAUGGCAAUUUCGCAAUCGGUUUCUUUAAUCAUUCCGAUCAAUACAGCAUUGGCAUCCGUUUCAAUUCAAAGUCCAUUCCAAACGAUAAUCAAGCAAUUGUUUGGAUUGCAGGCGGAAAUCUCGUUGUAGGAGAUCAAUCUUAUUUCGAGUUUAGAGAAAAUGGAGAAUUUGUCCUGUUUGAUUCCAUUCGAGGCUCGAUUGCUUGGGCUACAAGUAAUCGUAAUGCCAGUACCAAACCGUCUGCUAAUCUUCUCGACAAUGGGAAUCUUGUAAUUCUUUCGAAUGGAGAUAUGGUAUGGCAGAGCUUCAACGACCCAUCCGAUACGCUUCUCCCGGGCCAGAACUUAUCUGUUUCGAAUAUUCUUCGAGCUGCGAGUGGAAAUUCGUUGUCGAGUUAUUACAGUCUCCGAUUGGAUGAUUAUAGUUCCGGAAAAUUACAACUUCAAUGGGAGAGGAAUACGGUUUAUUGGGAAAACGUCGAUAAUUCUAAUUCGAUAAUAACUCGGGCUAUCCUCGACAUUAAUGGAAGGUUUCAAAUUCUCGACGAUAAAUCGAGAGUGGUUUGGUCCGUUUUCGCGGACGAUCAUAACGAUUCCGCGAUUGAGUUUCGGUUUCUCCGCCUCGAUAUUGACGGCAAUCUCCGGUUAUAUUCUUGGGUUAACGUGGAGAAAAAGUGGAGCACAGUUUGGCGGGCGGUUCACAAUCAGUGCGAUGUUUUUGCGACGUGUGGAUUAAACGGACUAUGCGCGUUUAAUUCUUCGUUUGGAUCGUUUUCGACGCUUUGUAGAUGCGUUUAUUCAUCGGAAAAUGUAAUCGGUUCGAAAUGUAUAGAUUGUAAAUUUGGAUCAAUGACGACGGUGUAUAAGCAUACGACGCUUUACGGGAUUUAUCCUCCUAACGAAACGAUCGUUCUCGCAAAUGAGAAACAAUGCGAAGAUUUGUGUAGAAAUGAUUCGAUGUGUACCGCCGCAACCUUUGUGAAUAAUGGAAACCCGAGUUGUCGAUUACUUAAGACCCGAUAUAUUUCGGGUAAAUUUGAUCCAUCGUUGAAUUCGGUAUCGUUUGUUAAAAAGUGUAUCAACGAUCCGAUCGCAGCGAGGCCCGAAACUCCGACUCCGACUCCUUCGUCUUUUUCGUGGAAUAUCGCGUAUAUUAUCGGUUUUCCGACAAUGCUAUUAGUUUUACUCGUUCCCGCUCAUAUCGUAAUCGCUAUAUGCAUCCGGAAGAGAAAUGAUCGGUUGAUUAUGAAACGAGUAAACACGAAAUGUUUGGAUUCGAAAGGUUUGACGAUCUUCUCGUAUUCCGAAAUCGAAGAAAUUACGGAGAGCUUCAAACAUCGAAUCGGUCCGAAAAUGUUCAAAGGCAAGCUCAUGGAUAAUAAUAAUAAUGAUAACAAUAAACGGUUAGUAGCUGUUAAAGACGCAAAUAAUAUUGAAGAAAGGAAAUUUGUAACGGUAAUGUCGAGAAUCGGAGCCAUUCAUCAUAAGAGCCUAGUGAAGGUAGAAGGCUAUUGCUCCGAACAAGGUCAAAGAUACGUCGUAUACGAACACGCGAAGAACGGAUCGUUGAAUAAUUGCAUGGAGAAGUUGACUUGGAGAAAUCGGAUAGAAAUUGGAUUGACAAUUGCGAAGGCGGUUUCUUAUCUACACUCGGGAUGUCGAGAAUUCAUUGCUCAUGGAAAUUUGAAGCUCGAAAACGUGGUUUUGGAUGAAAAUUUCGAAGCGAAAGUUGGCGAGUUUGGUUUUAAUUCGGUUUAUGAGAAGGAUGUUGAAGAUUUCGGCAUGAUAUUGUUGAGUUUGAUAAGCGGACGAGAAGACGAUGACGACGACGGUUCUCUUCGGAAUUGGGCUUACGAGAAAUGGUUGGUUGGGCAUGGCGGGGAAAUUGUGGAUGGGAGAAUUAUAGAAAAGGAGGGUGUUAUUGAUUUGGUUGAAUUGGAACGGUUAUUGAGAAUUGCGUUUUGGUGCUUGCCGGCUGAUGAACGGUUUAGAUGUUCGAUGGUCGAAGUUGUUAAUGUUUUGGAAGGAAAUCUAGCCGUUGAUAAACCGCCACCACCGCGAAUUCUUCUUCCAGGUUAAUUUACAUUUUAUAACCUCUAUUUUGUGUAUAGUGAAAACUAACUUUGAUUUAAUUAAUGUGAACAUUGGAAAAUUGCAAUGUAGUAUUUGUAACCAUUUUUGUCAAAAUCAUUGAAAAUUUGUCUUAGCAAAAAGUAAAACU